UGGUCUAGCCUGGGAAGAAGGUCUAGCCCAGGUCCAGCCUGAACAGAGCGAGCCUGUCGCCAUGCCGGCUUGCUGCAGCUGGAACGAUGUCUUGCAGUAUGAGACAAACAAAGUCACCCGGAUCCAGAGCGCAAAUUAUGGCACCGUCAAGUGGGUCUUGCACAUGCUCGUCCUUUCCUAUGUUAGCUUUGCUUUGGUGAGCGACAAGCUGUAUCAGCGGAAAGAGCCCGUUAUCAGCUCCGUGCACACCAAGGUCAAAGGCAUUGCAGAGGUGACAGAGAGUGUCACGGAGGGUGGGGUGAGGAAGUUAGUCCACAGCAUCUUUGACACUGCGGACUACACCUUCCCUUUGCAGGGGAACUCCUUCUUUGUAAUGACAAAUUAUCUCAAGUCAGAAGGCCAAGAGCAGAAGCUGUGUCCUGAGUAUCCCAGCCGCGGUGCACAGUGCUAUUCUGACCAGAGUUGUAAGAAGGGCUGGGUGGAUCCGCAAAGCAAAGGAAUCCGGACUGGCAGGUGUAUACCAUACGACCAAACCAGGAAGACCUGUGAAGUCUCAGCCUGGUGUCCUGCUGAGGAAGGGAAAGAAGCCCCUCGGCCUGCACUCUUGAGGAGCGCUGAAAACUUCACUGUGCUCAUCAAGAACAAUAUUGACUUCCCCGGCCACAACUAUACUACGAGAAACAUCUUGCCAGAUAUGAACACCUCUUGUACCUUUCACAAGUUGUGGAACCCUCAGUGUCCCAUCUUCCGACUAGGGGACAUUUUCCAGGAAGUAGGAGAGAACUUUACAGAAGUGGCAGUUCAGGGAGGAAUCAUGGGCAUUGAGAUCUACUGGGAUUGCAACCUGGACAGCUGGUCUCAUCACUGUCAACCCAAGUACAGCUUCCGCCGCCUGGAUGACAAGUAUACCAAUGAGUCCUUGGUCCCUGGCUACAACUUCAGAUACGCCAAGUACUAUAAGGAGAACAACGUGGAAAAGCGGACGUUGGUCAAAGCCUUCGGCAUCCGUUUUGAUAUCCUGGUUUUCGGCACUGGAGGAAAAUUUGACAUCAUCCAGCUGGUUGUAUACAUUGGAUCCACCCUGUCCUACUUUGGCUUGGCCACUGUGUGUAUUGACUUGCUCAUCAACACAUACUCCAGUGCCUUCUGCAGGUCGGGCGUCUACCCCUACUGUAAGUGCUGCGAACCUUGUGCAGUGAACGAGUAUUAUUACAGAAAGAAGUGUGAAACCAUCGUGGAGCCCAAGCCGACAUUAAAGUAUGUGUCCUUUGUGGACGAGCCCCACAUUCGGAUGGUGGACCAGCAGCUGCUUGGGAAAAGUCUGCAAGCCGUCAAAGGCCAAGAAGUUCCGAGACCCCAGAUGGACUUCUCAGACCUGUCUAGGCUGUCCGUAUCUCUUCACGACUCACCACCGAUUCCUGGACAAUCUGAGGAAAUGCAGCUGCUCCGUGAAGAGGUGGCCCCUAAGUCCGAGGACAUCCCAGGCUGGUGCCAGUGUGGAAACUGCCUCCCCUCUCGACUACCGGAGAAUCGCAGGGCCCUGGAGGAGCUGUGCUGCCGGAGGAAGCCGGGACGGUGCAUCACCACCUCUCAGCUCUUCUGUAAGCUCGUGCUGUCCAGAGAAGCCCUGCAGCUCCUCCUGCUCUACCAGGAUCCCUUGCUGGUGCUGGAGGAAGGGGCCAUCAACAGCAGGCUGAGACACUGUGCCUACAGGUGCUACGCCACCUGGCGCUUCGGCUCCCAAGACAUGGCCGACUUUGCCAUUCUGCCCAGCUGCUGCCGCUGGAGGAUCCGGAAGGAGUUUCCUAAGACUGAGGGGCAGUAUAGUGGCUUCAAGUAUCCCUACUGACAGUAUGGCUGCCACAUGAUGGUGGCCCAUAACACAGCUUCUCUUGGAAAGACCUGGAGACACGUUUUCAGCCAAUGGGAACUUAAGUUUUCCUCCCUCGUGAGCUGGGUUGAGGGAGAGCUGAUUAGACCAACCGCAAGCACACAAACCCUCUCCAAGUGGAUGAGAACCGGAUGCAUAUCUGAGCCUGCAGCCUGACCCUGGACUGCAGUGCCACCCUCAGCCUAUAACGUGUACAUAGGCUCCUCAUAUCCGACCUCCCAGAUCUACUCUCUCUGAACUAGCAUUGCGGAAAUGCUGAAGGUGGUCUCUCCCGUCCACGUUUACACGGCUCCAUGGAUGUAAAGCUCCAACUCUGAAAACCAAACAUAUUGAGAUUUGAGAGUACUCUGAAAUUGAAUAUGGCCACAAAUUCUUUGACAACCCCUCACCUAACCCUCAAGACCCAAAGGUGGUGUUUCCUUUCCCCAUUAUGGGCAACUCUGGUGGCUUCAGCCAGCAGCGGAUGUGACGUUUCAUCUAUUAUUUCAAGCUCUUGUUUUAAGAGGCUAACAGCUUCUGAUUCCUGUCCUUGGAACUCUCACUGAGAGGAAGCCAGCCCAAGGUAAGAGUCUGACAGUUGGAGCUUCUCUGCUGUGAGGAAGCCCAGGCAGCUCCAGGGAGAAGCACCCAACCUGAGCCAGCUCAUCGCCACACAGGGAGAGAGGCUGCCACUCUCAGGUGACUCCAGACAUGACACAUGACUAAAACUGCAGGAGACAACUGUCCAGUCAACUCAGAGGACCACUCUCCUGCCUUAAGUCAUUACAUUUGGGGGCUGGGGUGGCACACAACAAUAGGCAACUGGAACAAAAGAUGCUGACUGAGGUCUAGAGUCACUACAAAAUGUAACAACUACUUCUGUUGGUUCUAUUGGGCAGCUGUAAGAGGUCACAUUAACCAGACUAGAAGCCAUCACAUCUAACCGCAUACAAGAUACAGUCUGACCCUCACCGCUAUCCUAUGGUUCCAAGGGACUGGUAUUGUCAGAAACCAGUAAAAGCUGCCCCUGUGCCUUUUACGUCCUGGACAAGUACAGCCAAUGAGUCCGAGGCAAUCUGAAUGCUACUUUAGAAAGCCGCCCAAGCUGCCAGGUGCGGAGCAAACCCUCGCUCAGGGCUGACUCGGGAAGGUUAGGUACUCCAGGCCAGCCUGAGCUACAUUGCAAGACCAUGUCUUUUUUUUUUUUUUUUUUUUUAAUUUAUUUUUAUGGUUGAGUGUUUUGCCUGCAUGCAUGCCUGGUGCCUGGGAGAAGAAAGUAUCAGAUCUCCUGGAACUGGAAUUGCAGGUGGUUAUGAGCCACCAUGUGGGUACUGGGAAGAGAACUUGAGUCCUCUGGCAUAGCAACAAGGGCUCUUAACUACUGAGCCUUCUCCACGUCCUCAAAACCACGUCUUAAAAUCAUAAUCACAAUAAUUAAGAAGAGGGGGAAGAGCGGCUAGGGAAAUAGAUGGUCCAGUGGGUAAGAGCAUCUUCUGCUCAAGCAUGAGGACCUAUGUGGGAUCACAGCAUCCACAUAAAGUCUGGAUGUGGCCUGUCAAGAUGGCUUUGGCGGGGGUGGGGGUGGGGGUAGGGGAUUGCCAUGCAAUCCGAUGACCUUGAAACCCAUGGUGGAAGUCAGAGAACAUGGUCCACACUCACACACACACACACACACACACACACACAUGCACGCAUGCACACACGCGUGCACACAUCAUACAUGCUCACUAAUAAUAAAAUAGAUUUAAUUUUUAAGGAAAGUCAGUAUCGUUCACUGUUUUCCACAACCGCUAAACAUGUAUGAGUGAGCAGUCACAGGUCUGAGGUCCUGCCUCAAGAUUUCUUUUUGAUAGUUAUUUUUCUCUAGACAUAGAUACUUGUUUCUAACAGAAUAGAGACUUUGGGUAUUAUGAGAGACUGUGGCUGGUGAUCUGAGACUUUUAGAUCUACUCUAAGACUUGCCAUUUUGAGGCUUUUAAGACGGAGAAGCAAGGCUCUCCAUGAGAAGGUGGAGCAAAGAUGGCUUUAAUGAAUAAAGAUGCUUGAUCACAAGUCUGAUGGACAACCUCAGUUCCAUCCUCAGGGCCCACAAACUGUCCUCUGACUUCCACAUGUGAGCACGGUGUGUGUCCACCCCCAGGUCCCCAGUAAAUGAUUGUAAGUUUGUAAUCAGAUUGUAAUCAGAAAACUCCUACUAUGAUAAUAUAAAGCAACAUGGAUAAACACUUUUUUUUAAGCCCAGAGUUUUUAUCUAGCGUUAAACUCAGGAAUGACAAUAAUUGUAGCAGCUUUGAUUUUCAUUUCCACUGUAUUUUU